GCAUUAAGGCAACAGAGACCUGAGGCAAGCCAGUGGAAAUGAAGAAUCUUCCAGUCCUGCUGUUGCUGUGUGUGGGAGUUUGCUCUGGGUACCCAUUGGAUGGACCUUCAAGGGGUGAGGAAGGAAGCAUGGACCUUGUUCAGCAUUACCUAGAAAACUACUACAACCUUGAAAAAGAUGCCAAACAAUUUAUUAAAAGAAAGGACAGUAGUCCUGUUGUUAAAAAAAUCCAAGAAAUGCAGAAGUUCCUGGGGCUGGAGGUGACAGGGAAGCUGGACUCCGACACAAUGAGGAUGAUGGGCAGGCCCAGGUGUGGCGUUCCCGACGUUGGUCACUUUACCACCUUUCCUGGCACACCAAAGUGGCAGAAAAACCACCUCACCUACAGGAUUGUGAAUUACACGCCAGAUUUGCCAAGACAAGUGGUGGAUUCUGCCAUUGAGAAAGCUCUGAGAGUCUGGGCGGAGGUGACUCCACUCACAUUCUCCAGGAUGUAUGAAGGAGAGGCUGACAUCAUGAUAUCCUUCGCCGUUAGAGAACAUGGGGACUUCAGCCCUUUCGAUGGACCUGGAAUGGUUUUGGCUCACGCCUAUGCCCCUGGGCCAGGGAUUAAUGGAGAUGCUCACUUUGAUGAUGAUGAGAGAUGGGCAGAUGAUACAAGAGUAGGGACCAAUUUAUUCCUGGUUGCUGCUCAUGAACUUGGCCACUCUCUGGGCCUCUUUCACUCGGCAAACAGUGAAGCUCUGAUGUUUCCUGUCUACAAGUCGUUUACUGACCUGGCCACUUUCCGCCUUUCUCAGGAUGACGUGAAUGGCAUCCAGUCUCUCUAUGGGCCUUCCCUUUCCUCUCCAGAGGCCCCCCGGGUACCCAGCCCUCCGGAACCUGCCACACCAGCCAAGUGCGAUCCUGCUCUGUCCUUUGAUGCCGUCUGCACCCUGAGGGGAGAAAUCUUGUUUUUUAAAGACAGGCAUUUUUGGCGCCAGUCUCUCAGAACCACUGAGCCUGGAUUUUACUUGAUCUCUUCAUUUUGGCCAUCCCUUCCUUCAAGCAUAGAUGCUGCCUAUGAAGUUGCUAGCAGGGACACUGUCUUCAUUUUUAAAGGCCGUCAGUUCUGGGCCAUCCGAGGGCACGAGGCACAGGCUGGCUACCCAAGAAGCAUCCACACGCUGGGGUUCCCAGCGACUGUGGAGAAAAUUGACGCAGCCAUUUCUGACAAGGAGAAGAAGAAAACAUACUUCUUUGUGGAGGACAAAUACUGGCGAUUUGAUGAGAAGAGGCAGUCCAUGGAGCCAGGCUUCCCCAAGAAGAUAGCCGAGCACUUCCCAGGGGUCGACUCUAAGGUGGAUGCUGUCUUUGAACAAUUUGGAUUUUACUAUUUCUUCAGUGGAUCUUCACAGUUGGAGUUUGACCCAAAUGCAAAGAAGGUGACUCAUAUUUUGAAGAGUAACAGCUGGUUCCAUUGUUAGGAGAGAUGUGUAGAAGGUAAAAUGCGAGCAUUUUAAAUGAAGAUAAUGCUUCUUUGUGAAGUGGGUAUUCUCUGGUGCCAGCUGCAGCAGAUCUUCGUGGGUCUUGUCUGUCACAUCACAAUAUUAUAAAGCAUUCCAGAGCACUGCUGCUUAGCCUGCACUUCAUCAUACAGAGCCUCCUAUGUGAAGGGCUUGUGAGCAACAGAUACAUGAUUGUAUGG